GCGCAGGGUUCCCAUUAUCUCAGAGCUCAGAGGGGAAGGUGUGAGCAUCCACUCUGCUGUCUGCGCUGAAGAUGGAGAGAUGUCUGUCGUUCCUCUCUCUCUCCUCCCUGCUCCUGCUCUGUACAGCCAGCAGGGAGGAUGUGAGGUUGGUGAAUGGUAGCAGCCCCUGUGCUGGGAGAGUGGAGGUUUACCAUCGGGGAGAGUGGGGGACAGUGUGUGAUGAUGGCUGGGACCUGAAGGAUGCUGGGGUGGUGUGCAGACAGCUGGGCUGUGGAGAUGCUGUAGAUGCACUAGGAGAGGGUCACUUUGGACGAGGGUCUGGGAGAAUAUGGCUGGCUGCUGUGUCCUGCAAUGGAUCAGAAUCCUCACUGAAGCAGUGUGGGUCACAACGGUGGGCUGAACAUCUCUGUAAUCAUGGAGAGGACGCUGGAGUGAUCUGCUCAGGGGUCAGGCUGGUGGGUGGGACUGACCUGUGCUCUGGGAGAGUAGAGGUGCAUCAUGGGAGCUCCUGGGACACGGUGUGUGAUGCUGACUUUGACCAGCAGGACGCAGAGGUUGUGUGCAGGGAGCUGGGCUGUGGGGCUCCUAAAGAGCUGCGCGGGGCAGCUGCAUUCGGCCAGGGCGAGGGCCAGGUGUGGGCAGAGGAGAUUCAGUGUAGAGGCAACGAAUCUCAGAUUUACUUCUGCCCCACAGCACCCUCACAGAAUCAAUCCUGCUCCCAUGGAAACGAUGUGGGCCUGGUGUGUUCUGGCAGGGAGGAUUUGAGGCUGGUGAAUGGUGGCAGCUCCUGUGCUGGGAGAGUGGAGCUUUACCAUCGGGGAGAGUGGGGGACAGUGUGUGAUGAUCGCUGGGACAUGAGUGAUGCUGAGGUGGUGUGCAGACAGCUGGGCUGUGGAGAUGCUGUAGAUGCACUAAGAGAGGGUCACUUUGGACCAGGGUCUGGGAGAAUAUGGAUGGAUGAUGUGAUCUGCAGUGGAUCAGAAUCCUCACUGAAGCAGUGUCGGUCACGAGGAUGGGGUAAACAUAUCUGUAAUCAUCGAGAGGAUGCUGGAGUGAUCUGCUCAGAGGUCAGGCUGGUGGGCGGGACUGACCUGUGCUCUGGGAGAGUAGAGGUGCAUCAUGGGAGCUUCUGGGGCACGGUGUGUGAUGCUGACUUUGACCAGCAGGACGCAGAGGUUGUGUGCAGGGAGCUGGGCUGUGGGGCUCCUAAAGAGCUGCGCGGGGCAGCUGCAUUCGGUCAGGGCGAGAGCCAGGUGUGGGCAGAGGAGAUUCAGUGUAGAGGCAACGAAUCUCAGAUUAACUUCUGCCCCACAGCACCCUCACAGAAUCAAUCCUGCUCCCAUGGAAACGAUGUGGGCCUGGUGUGUUCUGGCAGGGAGGAUGUGAGGCUGGUGAAUGGUAGCAGCCCCUGUGCUGGGAGAGUGGAGGUUUACCAUCGGGGAGAGUGGGGGACAGUGUGUGGCCGUGACUGGGACAUGAGGGAUGCUGUGGUGGUGUGCAGACAGCUGGGCUGUGGAGAUGCUGUUGAUGCACUAGGAGAGGGUCACUUUGGACCAGGGUCUGGGAGAAUAUGGAUGGGUCCUGUGUCCUGCAGUGGAUCAGAAUCCUCACUGAAGCAGUGUCGGUUACGAGGAUGGGGUAAACAUAUCUGUAAUCAUCGAGAGGAUGCUGGAGUGAUCUGCUCAGGGGUCAGGCUGGUGGGUGCAACUGACCUGUGCUCUGGGAGAGUAGAGGUGCAUCAUGGGAGCUCCUGGGACACGGUGUGUGAUGCUGACUUUGACCUGCGGGACGCACAGGUUGUGUGCAGGGAGCUGGGCUGUGGGGCUCUUAAAGAGCUGCGUGGGGCAGCUGCAUUCGGCCAGGGUGAGGGCCAGGUGUGGGCAGAGGAGAUUCAGUGUAGAGGCAACGAAUCUCAGAUUAACUUCUGCCCCACAGCACCCUCACAGAAUCAACCCUGCUCCCAUGGAAACGAUGUGGGCCUGGUGUGUUCUGGCAGGGAGGAUGUGAGGCUGGUGAAUAGUAGCAGCCCCUGUGCUGGGAGAGUGGAGGUUUACCAUCGGAGAGAGUGGGGGACAGUGUGUGGUUGUGGCUGGGACAUGAGUGAUGCUGGAGUGGUGUGCAGACAGCUGGGCUGUGGAGAUGUUGUAGAUGCACUAGGAGAGGCUCACUUUGGACCAGGGUCUGGGAGAAUAUGGAUGGAUGAUGUGAUCUGCAGUGGAUCAGAAUCCUCACUGAAGCAGUGUGGGUCACGAGGAUGGGGUGCACAUCGCUGUAAUCAUGGAGAGGACGCUGGAGUGAUCUGCUCAGGGAGGUCAUUCCACCACCGUGGGACCAGGACAGACAGCAGUCAUGAGCGGGAAGUGGAGGUGUGGCGAGGGGGAGGUGCCAGACAGCACAAAGUGGGCGGAAUGGCAGAGUCUUGCUGGUGUAUAUGUCUUGACAUGUGAUUGAAUAUAUACAGGGGCUGAUCCCUUAACUGCCUGGUACGCGAGCACCAAAGUUUUACAUUUGAUGCGAGCCAUAACAGGAGUGGAGUGGAGGUUGCUGAGCAGGGGGGUGACGUGAAUGUCUGGGAACACUGAAUACCAGACGGGCUGCAGCAUUCUGGAUCAGUUGUAGGGGUCUGAUGGCAGAUGCUGGAAGGCCAGCCAGCAGAGAAUUGCAAUAGUCCAGGCAGGACAGGACCAUUGCUUGGACAAGGAGCUGAGUGGAGUAGGUGGUGAGAAAGAGUUGGAUUCUCCGUACAGGAAGAACCUGCAUGCCCAGGUCACCAUAUCGAUGAUCUCGGAGAAGGACAGCCUGUUGUCCAUCACCACUCCAAGGUUUCUUGCACUAGGGGAUGAGGUCACUGUGGUAUGCCCUAGUGAGAUGGAAAAAUCGGAGAAGGGAGAGGUUAAAGCAGGGAUGAAGAUUACCUCUGUCUUACCUGGGUUGAGCUUUAGAUGAUGGUCGCCCAUCCAGCUCUGGAUGUCUCUCAGGCAGGCGGAUAUGUGGGUAGAGUUGGCACUGUGACACGCCCCUGCGCUAGGAGUUAGCACUGUGACACGCCCCUGCGCUAGGAGUUAGCACUGUGACACAGCCCUGUGCUAGGAGUUAGCACUGUGACACGCCGCUGCGCUAGGAGUUAGCACUGUGACACGCCCCUGCGCUAGGAGUUAGCACUGUGACACGCCCCUGCGCUAGGAGUUAGCACUGUGACACGCCCCUGCGCUAGGAGUUAGCACUGUGACACGCCCCUGCGCUAGGAGUUAGCAUUGUGACACGCCCCUGCGCUAGGAGUUAGCACUGUGACACGCCCCUGCGCUAGGAGUUAGCACUGUGACACGCCCUUGCGCUAGGAGUUAGCACUGUGACACACCCCUGCGCUAGGAGUUAGCACUGUGACACGCCCCUGGGCUAGGAGUUAGCACUGUGACACGCCCCUGCGCUAGGAGUUAGCACUGUGACACGCCCCUGCACUAGGAGUUAGCACUGUGACACGCCCCUGUGCUAGGAGUUAGCACUGUGACACGCCCCUGGGCUAGGAGUUAGCACUGUGACACGCCCCUGCGCUAGGAGUUAGCACUGUGACACGCCCCUGGGCUAGGAGUUAGCACUGUGACACGCCCCUGCGCUAGGAGUUAGCACUGUGACACGCCCCUGCGCUAGGAGUUAGCACUGUGACACGCCCCUGCGCUAGGAGUUAGCACUGUGACAUGCCCCUGCGCUAGGAGUUAGCACUGUGACACACCCCUGCGCUAGGAGUUAGCAUUUUGACACAG